AUGGACAAGUAUGUAGUAGAUGACCUACUUUCAUCCACUUCAUGUGAUGCUAGUUGUGACAGAAGCUGUAAGUUUUUAGAAAUAUUUCAGUGUUUUAAAAUACGGUAGGCGUAUCUUAUAAGCAACAAUAAGGGACUGACAUUAUGUGUUUACUAUAGCAAGUUCUGCUUUUACAUAAGUGACAUUUAGCGCAGUAUAGUGUAAGAGAGGAGAGAAGAAUUGAGACUAGUGUUUAGUUUUGUAGUCUGGGACUAAUCUUAAAAUAUAUUUCAGCCUGGUUGGACAUAAACGGAUUGUUUUUUGACAUUUCAAAAAACCGACAAAAGAACUUUACUGAAGCUUACAACUGGCAGAAUAACAAAACAUUGGUUGUGAGACGAGGUUUCAGCUUUACAUUACAAUUAACUGCAAACAGACUCUUUAACUCUACAAAUCAUGCCAUCAUUUUUGUUUUUGAUAGUGGUAAGUUGAUGUAAUUGUACUAGUUUACACUGUAAAGAUAAGGAGUGAGCAGGGUAAGAUUGAUUAUUGUAACAUUGGACUGUAUAGCUAUCCUUAGGAGCAGGAAGGUCGGUAGCAGACUCAGUCCAACAAAUACAACUCCAAUCGAACUGUAACAACUUUGAUGACAACACUUCCGCCGAUUGGACGGCUGAAUUGAUUGAAACUGAUCACAACGUCAUCACUGUCGAGGUAAGUCUUAACUAACUUAAGAUUCUUACAAAUUGUAAGUAAAAUAUUAUAGUUACAAAAAGUUUCUUUUAGAUUAACAUACCAGUAAAAUGCAUUAUCGGCUGUUGGACGUUGCGCAUCUUUAGCGGUUUUUUUGAAGAACCUGAUCAAUUGACCGAUAUUCACGAAUGUAGUGUGUCCAAGUUUCAAAAAUCUGAAGUCUACGUACUUUUUAAUCCGUUUUUACAAGGUAUACAUACAGUAAUAUUCAUUUAAAACUCCUAAACCGGAACUGCUUUAUAACACGCAGAUCUAAAAUCCCCAAACGAUUCAUUUUACUGGAAAAAAUUUUUUAGCCGACCCAGCCUUUUACGGAAAUGCUUGUGAACGAAAGUUUUAUUUGAGCCAAACAACGGAAAUGUGUUUUACCGGCACUAAAGUUGGUUCAAACGGUUACAACUUCACCAAGACCCCGUGGAUUCAUGAUCAGGUUAGUUUUAUGAGAAAUCAACUACUGAUGCCUUAGGUAUCCAAAUAGUGUGCCAAAAAUAAUAUUUCCUUCACCUGACUCCUUAACAGGGGACAUGAUCAUGCCGCCGACAUGAUCACGCCAGGCGAUUUUAAAGUACACUCACCUGAAAAAGAUUUUUUUCAAAUGCUUCAUAAGCAAUAGUAAUAAAAUUACUUUCAGUUUGAUGAAAACACCCUGAAAACGGCUAUAUUCUUGUUGAGUAAGGUUGCUCGACCGGACAAUGCAACUUUGACCGAUGAUCGACAAAACAUUGUUCGUGUUAUACGGAAGUUGGCAUAUGCAGUAAGUUUAAUCUGGUUUUACUUACUUUAAACAUUUUGUUUUACAAACUAUUACUGAUAAACGUAUUUAAAACUUCAAACUUUUAUUCUAUUACGGUUUGGAUUAAUUAUGUCAUAAUGAGGUAUUUCCUGGACGUUUUUCGGAAAAAUAAAUUUAUUUUUUUGAUGUAAUGAACAAUAUCGUGUCAAAUUGAUGUGACUCUGAAGACCUUUAGCUAUCUUUUGGAUUUAAAAAAGGUAGAAAAACUAUUUUUACGCUUUUUUUAUGUUAAUUGUAAUGAUUCGACUUACCAAAUUAGGGUAUUCUUAGUGUUUUCAUUUGAUUUAAAUGCUUAAUAAAGGGCUUUUUAAAUUUAUAACGUUGUAAAAAGUAUUAUAAUAUCCACAUUGUAUUCUUUACAGGUAAAACACCUAUUUUUUGCCCUUGGAAACGAACCUGAUCAAUCAGGCUAUAUCUCCACGAAGCAGCUGAUAUUGAAGUUUUUGAACUCUCAACAAUCUCUUCCUUCAAACGAAAGUUUGGUACAAGCAAAUUUGUAUGUGUCAUUAGUCAGAUCACUCGGAAUUUGUGCUCGAAUUGUCACUUGUAUCGAGGCAUGUUAUGAUGCAGAUCCCAACUUGACUGUGGAUCGGGCUUUCGUCCGAAACUCGAGCGAUUUUGUGUUUGAACCGAUGAAGAAUAGUGCUGUAAGUCUUUUUGUUAUUUGUUUUGCGAUUUUAGGUUUUACAAUAGGCAACUUGGUUGACACAAACUAGGUUUUACCGCAAUUUAUAUCUAAAACAAUAUAAUUUUGGUCCAUGUUUUGGUAAAAUAAUAAUUUUUUUUCUUGAAAAAUAAAUUUUUGUCCUGAAAAAAUGAUAUCAAUGUGAAUGUUUCAGGGCCAGUUAUGGGAUUGUACACGUACUCAACAAUUCUGGGUCGAAUGUUAUUGUUCUCGUACUGAUCUUGGUGUUGGUUACGAUGGGUGGCAGCUUUUAGAUCCAACCGCACCCGAUUCCCCGUUAACUGAACGUCAAGCUGGACCGGCUGCUUUGAAAAGUCUUCAGAAUUCGAAGCUGGAUCUUCCGUACGAUGCGCGAUUCUUUUGUGGAAUAUAUCGAAGUAACAAGGUGCUAUGGUUUUACGAGUACGACCAUGAAAUAGACGAAUAUAGAUUGUUGCAUGUUCGGUGUUGUAAGAAAAAUGGAAUGUAA